AAGAUGGCGCUCCUUCCUGGCCGCCUUGUGCCUCUCUCGCUCUCCAAUAAUUCCAAUUCCUAAGCUGAGCCGUGGCGCUCCUCUUGGAGUAGUCGUUGUUGCGUCGUGGGAUGAAGCUGAAUCAGAGACGAGGAUGACAGGGCGCCGCUUCUCUGCGGGAACAGUUCUCAUCAUCAUCAUCAUCAUCAUCAUCAUCAUCUUGUGGCCCGCUAGAGAGUUUUUUUGAAGAUUUGCGCCGUGGGUGGGACGCCUGAGAGAGAGUGGCUGAGGUGGUGGAGAAAAGACUCUGUCGGUUCCAUGAGCUGCUUCUUGACGUUAAAUAGAAAGGCCAGAAGAGAGAGCAGAAGAUCGUGCACAAACGAAAACAGUCAGAUAUUAAGCGAAGGUGAUGCCUCCUCGAGCUUUGUCUUCGCGAGGCGACUGCCAUGACAGACAGAGCAAGGCUGAGCUCGAGGUCAUUCACAGCACUACCUGGUGGUGACAUCAAGAAGGAGUGAGAUAAAACGACGAACAGUGUUGGUCGCGACAAUGAGAAUGACCAUUCGGCGGCAAACCUCUUUGCAAGACCCAGAGCGAAUGCCGCACACAAGCACCAUAACGAAGAGCUCCACUCUUGGUCCACACCCUCACCCAGUACAGCGUCGCUCUUCACUAUUGGCGCUUCUCCACUUCGCAUUUGCGGCCCCAGCAUCGUCCACAACAGCUUUCUUGCCAGAAGGAGCUUCCAGAACAACACAAACCGCAGGCGCUGUCCCCCGGAUCUUCGAGAACUGCGACGAUCUUUCCGAUUUGGUUCCGGGCGUGCCCUCCGUGCAUCGCAUGACGGAGCUCGGGCGGAGACAAUUAGGAGGACAUCAACUGCCUGGGAAUGAGAACAAGAGAAAUGAUGACCACUUGUUGAGCAACCAAACCACCAUGCUGAACAGUACCACGCCGUUUGACUGGGAUCUGGAUUUUCUUCUAACACACUACUCGGAUGUAUCCAACGAAAAUGGAAAUUCAUUUUUGCCGCGCACGACGUCGUAGAGCUGCAAAUGUUGACUUCAUCGUACUAGGGCUAUUUUUCCGAGCCACAGGAAAAUUUUUAGCUCCAUGACGAUUUUCACAUAGAAAUAAUCAAUCUUAAUCUUCACGCUGGCAAAUAUCUACCUGUCAUGCAUUUUCGUGGUGUAGUCGUUGUGCGGUAAAACCAAAAGUAAAUUUUGUGUGUUGCAUAAGACGCCCUGUUCUGGGCAGAGGUUGAAGCGACUUCAUCAGAUACGGGAACAUCAGACGAGGAGGAACGACUACAGAGCCGCCAGAACGGGGAUUCACCACACGAAUCAUCAUCUGAAGAAGAAAGCGGCAGCGCCAUCGGUGUUGAAACCGAUCAUCGGCAUCAAAGCAACAAGACGAGGAAAACUACUGCUACAAGCAGAAAAUCUACUGGUAGGAGCAGCCCAGCAGACGAUAGUGGUGGAGAAGGUGCAGCUUCUAACAACAACACCGGUGCGGGCGUAGAUUUAUGAACUGCAAAAGUAUCGUACUCGUAUAAAUGCAUUACAAAUUUUCUCAGCAUGAGAAAUAAGAUUUGUAAUGCUGAUCUGCCUUAAAAGAAAGAUUUGUAAUGCAAGACUUGCAUUUAUACGAAUGCGAUGCUUUUGCAUAGGAUAAGAUUUCGUCGGUGUCAGUUUGAAGGAAACAAUCAGAAGUGGGAACUAUCGAUUAUCAAAUGGAAAUGCAAAUAUGCGUGGGUCGUCUGGGAGAUUGCGAGAUUUGUCAUGCUAGUCUGGCAUGACUCUGAGCUCUGUAUUGCGUGGCCGCGAAGAGCUCCGGUUGCCUGUCAUGCAAAGACGCAGCUUCUCAUGCGGGGUAUGCAACUCAGAACUACGGCAAGACUUGUCAUGCUGGGCAGCGGCAGCGCAUUGCACUGCUUUGGCUUUCACUAUUUCCUUCCUCGCAUCACAAGUUUCCAGACCCAAACUACAUUUUUGCAUUUGAUACCGAUUUCACGAAGAUAACGCACGGCACUUCAUUCCGGAUCGGGAGGAGCUCUGGAGGCCGUUUGUGGAGUACCUGAAAAAGCUUUUCCGACAAAAUCCCUACAUCGACACUACCGGUCCGAACAGGUUUAUCCUGAGUAGAAACUACGCCACCAACUCCCCUUCGUUAAGGUGGGAAGUUAUUGGCUAGACAAAUCAGCAAGCAUUGGCUGUUGCGCAUGACAAAUUUGGGCGCGCAGUGUAAUACUAGUCGUCAUUAGCUAACGCAGUAGCGUCACAGAUCUCGUCGCCUAUCAUGCUGCUUUUAGCAUCACAAAUUAUUUCAAAACACCACUACAAAACGAAAACAAAACCACUUCUCAUGGAUAUCCGCAUGAGAAGCAUCUUGAGCACCAUCAUGCGGCUUUUCAUUUACAAGUCUUGGGCGGUGACGUUUUUACGCGGGAUAGGGUUGAACCUGCAGCCCCGCACUAUGCCGCCAAAGUACUUUACCAAGUGGCUGGCCCGGCCGGACGUGUUUCCAACUUUCGAGAUUUGGCUUGCCAGCAAAGAGAAAACUAUCCGCAGGAAAUUUCUUGUUCCCGUACACGUACAAAUGUGGCUUCCGCAUGACAAACUGCUCCUUGCAACCUCUUCAGCAUGAUGACAAGUUGCUUCUUCUAAGUUGGUGCAAUUUGUGAUGCGUUUUGUGCAUGUGCAGCGGGGAUGAGGUUGCAUUGCAUACAAGCGACGCUGAUGCACACGGACAUCGAGAACUCCACGCACGGUUUCGGCGGUUUGCUACUCCAUUUGAGCGGACAGAAGCGGGUUUUUCUCUACUCGCAGGACCAGGACGAAUAUUUUGACGGGCUCAGCAGGCUAUCAACCGGGCAAACUGCACAUAGCUUAGUACCGUACCACACUUACUACAUCGAAUGAAAACUAUCGGUUUCUUUGCGCAUGACUAGGCUCUUUUGCAAGUCGGGAUCAUCCACAAUGACAAAAUUGGUACAACUAUGCACCAUGUUGUUCCUGGAAUUUGUGAUGUAUUGUAUUUUUGUGCACGUACUGUAGUGUACGGCUACUCGAGUAGAUUUGUGUUGCAUAACUGCACGAUGACGGCUACAAGGUCGUCGCGGGGCUCGACCCGUCGCAGGCGGAUGAAGAGCUUUUAUGAGGGUGCACAGCUCCCCCAGCACUCCUUCGACAUUUGUGUAGCGCUUGCAGCAACAGAAACGACACGAAGGACGCAGCUUCUGCAUGACAAUAAACCCACAUGCAAAACCGGAUUGUCGUGGAGUUUCGGCCUCAUAAACUUGUGGUGAUGUUGCAGACACGGCGACGGCCACCAAAAGGUGUACGAUUCUGAGUACGAAAGACAAGGUGAAUUACAAGGGGAAUUGUGCACUCUGAUAUCUUGCGGAAUUCUUUCCCAAAUACGUAGCCCGAAGGGCGCAGCGAAGAGUAGCAGAGCAGGACGGCAACAGCAGUGCCGUGGUGGUAGAUCCUCGCGCGAACAACUCAACAUCUGACACUAGCGUCAGUGUUGAUAACAUAUUCGAGGCUGUUAUCAAAUGUAAAAAUGUCUGGGUCUGGAAGAAUGCAUGUUUGUCAUGCUUGUCUGGCAUGACUCUUAAAUCUGUCAUGCACGUUGCCCAAGAGCCGCAUUUUUCUGUCAUGCGGAGACGCAAUUUGUCAUGCAGAAUAGGCAACACCUACAAGCUCAGAAAUUUGUCAUGCUGAGCCAGCACUUGUGGCCUCACUAUGAGACGCCACUCAGCAUCACAAGUUUCCAGACCCAGACAUUUUUACAGUUGAUAGCUGUGGUCGAUCUCCAGCCCUACGACAUCUUGUAUAUUCCGACCGGAUAUUAUGGAAGCGUCAGGUUUGAAAUCGACAAAGUUGAAAUAGUUUGUGAUGCAUAAAAUGCAAGGCAUGAAGUGCCUGUCUUGCCAGGAUAGCAAGUGAAGCCGAUUGUGAGCCUGUUUAGGGUUUGAAAUAGAGCUACUAAACUCGCAUGACAAAAGCAGUCUUCUGUGCCCAAACAGCAUGACAAAUUGGAUUCCGGUGCUCGGAAAAUUUGUCAUGCGCCACUUGAUAAGUGGGCUUCCGACUGGUAUCUGUUUUAUGCAUGACAAACUAUUUCAACUUUGACGAUUUCAAACCUGACACAUCCAUAGAUAUGGUGGAUUGGAAAUAUGUCUUGGUCUGGAAGAACGUGAACGCAAGUUUGUCUUGCUUGUCUGGUAUGAACAUGAUUCUCAAAUCUGUGAGGCAUGAGCGGGGAAGAGGCCUGUUGCCUGUCGUGCAGAAACGCUGUUUGUCAUGCGGAAUAAAGCGAAACACACUAGCAGCUUCAAAACUUCUUGUCAUGCUUGACAACUGCGUGCUAUUCUAUUGCAGUGUGCACACCAUUUACAGACCUGCGUCACAAGGUUCCAGACCCAGACACAUUUGCACUUGAUGCCGCUUUUUGGCACUUUGUGUCCUACUUGUCGGACGGGUUGUCGUAUCAAGGGAGAACAAAUAAACUCACUUCACAUUGAACAUCACGACAGCGACAGGAAUUUAGUGCCAUGAACUGUAUUGCGACGAACAUCAACUCGAGCACUAUAUUGCAACGAACAUCAACUCGAACACUGUAUUGCAGCGAACAGAUGAAGUAGGUCCGGAAAAUAAAAUGAAUCACUAUUCAAAGAUUUCACCGAAUUCCGUCUACAAUUCUCCAUGCGAACGUGAAUUUUGCAAUCUGCGUGUCAUAUCGGAUACGCGUACUUCAUGUAUUUCGACAAAAUUUUUGAGCCAGGCGGCGACGAAGCGGAGGAAGAAGAAGUUGAAGGAGCAUCUUCAACCAGCUCAGACACGUCGACGGCUGUGGAAGUCGAACCGGAUGCGAUAUUAGUCUGAUUUUUAGUAAAAGUCGACGGCGGGGACGCAAGGAUAAGUUGAGUACCAAAACGUACGAAUCAUAAUGCGAACCGCAUCACGUGCAUAAUCAUCGCGAUGAGAUGACGGACCUCUUUAACAGGUAUUAUGUAUGUUUUCUGAUUGCACUGCUACCGGUGGGACCUUGCAGAAUUACCGUGCAGACGCAAAGCAAGAACGACGGCGGCAUCUGUAAUUGCCCGUGAGGCUCCUCCUCCUGCUUCUGGCGGCAUCCACUUGUUCCACACUCUCGUGAAGAU